AUGGGUCCCCCCUUCGCCGGUUCAAAAAAGCGCCGUCGCGAACCUCACAACAUCGAUGUGAAGUUGGUGGAGCUCUACGAAGACCUCGCCAGCGAGAAAGAUGAAAUCCGACUCAAGGCAGCCCAGGCGCUCGUUUCACAGUUCACUCCGGAUCAGAACCCUGCGGACGAACAGAUCAAGAAGGUGCUUUCGAGGCUCUUCCGCGGUCUCUGCAGUAGCCGCAAAGCCGCUCGAAUUGGCUUCUCGAUUGCCUUGACAGAGAUUUUGACUCAGGUCUUCUCCUCGCCAAGAGAAACGUCACGCUUUUGCUUCUCCGAUGCUCUGAAUCUCUGGGACUCCCAGUCGAGUUCCUCCGGCAGCGAGUCGGGGCAGGAGCAACGUGAUCACAUUUUCGGUCGGCUAUUCGGCGCUGAAGCGAUCAUCAAAUCUUCCGUUCUGUUCCAGCCUACCGUGCCUUUCGAGCAAUGGACCCAGGUCCUCGCUCUUGUCUUCGAGCUCGCACAGAAGAAGCCAUGGAUCCGCGAAGAAUGUGGGUGGAUCAUCUAUCAAUGUGUUUAUGAUCUAGCUGCACGCAAGAUGGAUGCCAGGUAUAUUGAGGCCGCACUGGAAGGCUUGUGUUCGCACGAUAUCGCCCGGUCGCCCGAAGGCGUUGCUAUCUGGUUGGCGGCGAAGGAUGUGUUCCCCAAUGCUACUUUCCCGAGCAAGGUCUGGAAGCACGACGAUCCCUUGGACACGAAGGAGCGCAGCAGCUUGUCGAAGAUUAUGAAGGAGUCGGGCGCUGCAGCGAAUGAGGGCGAGAACAAGGCAAAUAUUGCGAAGACCUCUGGUGUCUGGAACUCCAAGCUUCAUUUCGCGUGGGAUGCCGUUCUGUCCCGGACCAGUGUGGAGGCAAAGGACAAGUCAAAGAAGUCCCGUAUGAGUUACUCUGAUUUCUGGACUGAGGUUGUCGACAAUGGACUGUUUGCUGCUGCAUCGUCGGACGAGCGCAAGUACUGGGGCUUCCUUCUUUUCACUAGAGUCAUCAACGAUGGUGGAGCGCCACAAGCCUCGCUUACAUUCACCAAGAAUCUUAUGCGAUGCUUGACUAACCAACUUGCUGUGGAAGACCGGUACUUGCACCGAAUGGCCGUUAAAGCGGCUAAGGCAAUCCAAGCCCGUGUGUCCAAGGAGCCUGAAUUUGCUGCCCCAGCAAUCCGUGGUUUGAUGGGAACCAGCGGCACGUUGAACUUUGACCAGGCUACAAAGACCAAGACAGUUGAGAAAAUCGUGGCCGAAGCUAACCAUGAGGCUUUGGAAGAGAUUGUCCCAUUCUUCGAACAACUUAUCCAAAAUCCCGGCACAACGGACGAGAAGACCGCGGCGUCCAAUCGUCAAUUUGUUGCUGGUCUCCUCCUGUCAAUUGUGCGCUCCAAGGCCUCUGCCACCGAAGAGGACGUCGAAGACCUCCAGGCAAGCCUUGAGCAAAUAUUGUCCAUCUUCGUCCGCUUCGCGUACUUUAUGGAUGCCGGCAAGAGUUCAACUUCCCCUGAACCUGCAAUCUCCUCGGCGACACAGGAACUGCUACGCAACCGGAUCAAUUCUUGUUUGAACAGUCUCAUUUCCAACCAAAAGUUCGCCAUUACACUUCCGUAUGCGGUGGUGAAGCAGAUUCGCGAUGCGGCGAAGUCUGGCGAAUUCGGCAAAUUCAUCAUCGCUAUCGAUGAUAAACUGUCGGAGUCUGUAAAGGCUGCCUUCAAGUCACUGAAGAAACUGUCCAGCAAGGAGAAGAAGGAGAAGGGAAUGGCUGCAUUCAAGCUGCUUUACUCCAUGACCAUUAUGCAGGUUUACAAUGGAGACGCAGACGCAGUGUCCAUGCUUGAUGAGCUGGAAUUCUGUUACACUAAGUUCUUAGGCGAUAAGGAGACUAAGACAGAGGAUGCCGGCGAUGCCUCGGAUGCGUUAGUUGAGAUCCUCCUCAGUUUCGCAUCGAAGCAAUCGCAGUUGUUCCGUCGCAUGAGUGAGCAGGUGUUCGGCGCUUUUGCUAACCAGAUUACCGAGAAUGGAUUGGAAUCAUUGACCUCGAUUCUGGAGGCAAAAGAAAGUUUGGCUGGACAGCAAGAGAUGUUCGAAGAGCAAGAUGACGAAGGCGAGGAAGAAGAGGAUGAUGAUGCCGAGAUGAUGGAUGUCGAUGAGGAUGAACUUGACAGUGAUGUCGAGGUUAUCGAGGCUGGCGCACCCGGCUCCGACUCCGACGAUGAUGACGAGGAGGAAGAAGAAGAGGAAGAAGACAACGAAGAAGAUGCACAGGAGGUCGCCGCCUUCGAAGCUAAACUAGCUGCCGCGCUCGGCACACACGGAGCUGAUGACGGCGACUCCGAUGCCGACAUGAACGACGACGAGAUGGAUGAGCUGGACGACAAACUUGUGCAGGUGUUCCGAGCGCGCCGCCAAGAAACCUCCCACCGCAAGGACAAGAAAGACGCGCGCGAGAACAUGGUCAAUUUCAAGAAUCGUGUCCUAGAUCUGCUUGAGAUCUUUGUAAAGAAGAGCCACUCCCGAUUGCUCGCCUUGGACAUUCUACUACCCUUGCUUCGACUAUCGCGUCGGUCCAGCGUAAAGCAGAUUGCCACUAAGGCCAACAGUGUUAUUCGCGAGUACACGAAGGUGUGCAAGGGCAAUACACUCCCGAAGAUCGAGGACGCUGCACAGGCCGAGGCCCUCUGGGAGCUUCUCCGAUCCGUUCACAAGGAGGCUAGCCACAGUGGGCCCAUGGGCCAUGCAACUGCUUGCAGCCAGGCUAGUUUGCUUGUUGUUAAGGUGCUCGUUGCGCAUGAUAAGGAUGCCAUUGCGGAUGUUGUGGAUGUUUAUGCUGCCACCCGCAAGGACCAACUCAUGAGCACCAAGUGUCACGUGCAGCCAUCGUUCUUCUCGGAGUGGAACAACUGGUGUGUGUCGGCGAGCAAGCAGUUGAAGUGA